GAUAUUGGAGUUAUUUUUUCGGGUGUUCUGCACUUCUGACCCCACAGUCAUUAGUAGUAUUUAAUAUGUUUAAACCAACGGGAACUAUUUUACAGAUUUUAAAUACUUUGUUUCUCUGUCUACUAUAUUUUGACUAAGCUUCAACUAUAAUAAGCUUACUUAAUUUUCUGACUAUGGAUCGCUCCUUCAUGUUCAAUAUGUUAAAAAUUAUGAUUGAAAUCGAAACUGACAUUGUCACGAUUGACACUGACGUUUUACUUUCUAUGGUGUGCUUGUAUUAUUUUCCUUCCCCUAUUGUGCCCUUAUUUUGCUAAACUAUGACUUAUUCGUUUAGCUAGUUUAAGUGAACAUGCAUUAGUAUUUAUAAAACAGCUUUAUUAAUAGUGAUUAAAGACGCUGAAAUUAGAAGUUGCAUCUUCUUCCCGCUUCCUCGUUUGAUUGUUUAUAUGAAUAUUUAUAAAUGACAAUGAAAAUAAAUGAAAAGAAUUUGUGCGCUUUCGCGUCGUCCGCCACUCCGGUGGACCGCGACGGCUGGCUGGAUAUGCGGGGCGAAGUCGGCAAGAGCUAUCAGAAGCGGUGGUUUGUGCUGAAGGGGAACCUUCUGUUUUAUUUUGAUAAAAAAGGUGACAAGGAGCCUGUGGGCGUUAUCAUUCUGGAAGGGUGCACUAUCGAAUUGACAGAAGAAGAAGCAUACAGCUUCAAGAUAUCCUUCCAGUGUGAGGGUGGGCGCACCUACUUCCUGUGCACAAACUCGCAGGCUUCCAUGGAGACCUGGAUGAAGGCACUUGCUUGUGCCAGCUAUGACUACAUGAAGCUAAUGGUGUCAGACUUGCAGAGGCAGCUGGAUGAGGCCCAAGCGGAAGCCGCGGCAGAUGCUGCCUUAGUAACUGUAACCCCACCUGAAGAGGAACCAAAAGUACCACCAAGAGGACAAAGAUAUAACCCAUUCAACAGAGUCCCUGAAGGAGAGAGUAAAUCUGUUCAGGGCAGCAGACAUCACAAAGAGAAUGUUCGGCCAGAGGUACCACGUAAGAAGGUCCCUUUCCGCGACAUCCACACAGCUUAUGGCCGCAAGAUACUAGCAGACCGAAGCGAAUGGCGUGCGAAACUCGCUAAACAAAGAGAGGAGACCUCACGACCCCUUAUACAGCUGUAAUAAACACUCACAAGGUUUGGAAUCUGUUUGACACAUGUCAAGUAUGACAGCUGUCACAUUAUAUCAAAAGAGUUUUAAAAUAAGUCAGUGAUACUCAACCUUUUAUUGAACAUAUUUAGGUUUUUAGUGUGAUGUUUUCUCUAUAAGAAGAAUCUUAUGAGUGAAGAUAAAUAUUUUAUUGGAUAAAGACAUAUUGGUGAAUCAAUGUCUAUAAUGAUGUACAUUUUAGGUUAGUACUGUUUACGCUUAUUUCGUUAUAUCUAUCUAUAUCUUUGCAGUAUGAGUAACGCUGGCAAAUUAGUUGCCUCUAUUGAAUAUGAUAACUCUGUUUUCCUUUACAAUAGCUUCACAAAAAAGCCUUCAAUAAAAAAGAUAAGUCAUAUUGUUAGUACUAGAAUAGUUAUUGUAUAGUCUGACAGUCAGUAUUAGAAUGAACAAAUAUUUUACAUGGUGUAACUGAAAUUAUAGUUAUUUCUGAUUACGAUUAAAAUUGUUAUGUGCACCUUUAUGUAACAGGUGUAAAUUUGAACCAGACUGCUCAAAGCAGGUUCUAUCAACAACUUCACUGUAUUUUUAUUAAAUCGCCUAUUAUUGAGGUGUAGAGAACUCUAAGCCAUUUUUUUACGUUGAGGGUCACCGAGGGAUCGGUGUUCUUUAUUCCCUCACUCGCCUUUAAUUGUUUUGGUCUUGUAAUUGGAUUGGUGGUCAUUGAUAGGAUUAUUUAAAAUACAUUACAUUCUUCAACCUUGACCACUAACGAAUUUCUAUACAAAACAGCUCUUGCAUAAAUAUUUUCAGUAAGGAUUAGAACGAGGCCGCGCUCUUAGUGUUGCCAGUAACGAACGAAGCUAUUUUAAAAAAGUCAAUUAGUUAAUUUGACCACAGUAUGUAUAUAAAUGACUUGUGGCCUUAUAUCAUCUAGCUACCUUAGCUUGGUUAUACCAAGUACUGGUAUGAAUUACGAUAUAUUUUUAUAAAAAAAAAUAAGUACCAUGUAAAUACAAUCUGAGGAGACUAAUAAUGUGUUACUCGACCAUAGCUCUAGACCACUUUAGGUAGAAAUUUCUUAUCAUACCUUAAUUUAUUAGAAUUGUCAAAGUUUAAAAACCGCUUGUUAUUGAUGCUUCUCAAAUUGAAUUACUAAGAAGAAACACGAAACAGUAUUUUUGUUUUUGAAAUUUCAAGAUUCAUGCGAUUUAUAUCAAUUAAGUUAGUUAAGUUUUACGUUUUAUGAGUUGUAUGACAAUCAUCACAAUGUAGGCUAUGAUUAUUUAUAAGAAGAACAUGUAUAGGACUGAGAAAUUUAACAUAUUAGCUGCGCGCUGUUUAUGUUAUAUCUUGUUGAGAUCUUUUGUAAGAAGUCACUUUAGCGCAGAUUAUGUUCUUAAAUGUUAAAUACUAUUUAAAGAUGAUGGUACUUCACUUGAUUCUUCUUUGCAUAUGUUACGAUGGCACUUUAUUGUAUUGACUUCAUGUGUGUAAGCUUUUAAGGAGGUCUACUACCUAUACAGUAAUAAUGUGGCGAGUGUAGAAGAGGGAUGUCGCUCUACGCCGUGUAUUGCGCUGUCACGUUUCAGCAGACGAAAGUAUGAUGUGGUACUUUAACUUAUUUGUAGUUAUUAUGUAAAAUUUCAAGGUCUUGUUAUGUUAACGCUUAUUUUCACGUUGUGUACCGCUUGCCAAUAGUUAUUUAUUUAUAAGUGACAUAAUUUAAUAGCUGUUUAAUUGUAUCAAGCAAUAAACUAACAACAAUGAUAGUA